AAAUAUCGAUACGUUGCUAUUUUACUAUAUUUUUUACAUCCCUACUUUAAAAAACAGACUCUGCGUACACAUGCCCUAGCACCUUUAGUGUUCAUCCUAAAUGGACUCCUCAGCCAGCUUGGCUGACAAGUUGCCCUCCAAAACGGUUAGCAGCAACUCACUGGACAGCAACUCCAAGUCCAGUUCGCUGUGCUCUAGGCACGAUGGCGUGGAGAACGGCGUUCUGCGGGACACGCCCUUUGGUUAUCUGGACGGAGAGGAGGAUCAGGACCAGAAGAAUGACGUGACCUACGUCUGUCCCUACCGUGGGCCCAUGUUUGGAGCACUAACAAUCACCAACUACCGCUUGAACUUCCGGUCGCUACCUUUGCGAGAUCAGGAGCCACCCAUGGUCGUUGACGUCCCCUUGGGCGUGAUUGCACGCGUAGAGAAGAUCGGCGGUGCCACGUCGCGGGGCGAAAACUCUUACGGUAUUGAGAUCUUCUGUAAGGACAUGCGCAACCUGCGCUUUGCCCACAAGCAGCAGAAUCACUCUCGCAGGACGGUCUUUGAGAAACUGCAGGCAAAUGCCUUUCCACUCUCGAACAAUGGACGCCUUUUCGCCUUCUCCCAUGCGGCGGGAAACUUGGUGAACGGAAAUGGUGGUUGGGACGGAUGGGCGGUGUAUGAACCGCUGGCGGAGCUCCGGCGUUUGGGUGUUCCUAACGACAUGUGGCGGGCUACCAAGCUGAAUGAGUCCUACGCCAUCUGCGACAGCUAUCCGGCCGUAUGGGCGGUGCCUAAGGCGGCAUCCGAUGAUUUCCUUAGGCGCGUGGCUACAUUCCGUUCGCGUUGCCGCCUACCGGUGCUGUCCUGGAUGAACCCCCGGACCCAGGCAACCAUCACGCGGUGCUCCCAGCCCCUGGUGGGCGUAAGUGGCAAGCGAAAUUCUGACGAUGAGACGUACCUAAGCUUCAUCAUGGAGGCGAACGCCCAGUCGGACAAGUUGACCAUCAUGGACGCGCGGCCAAGCGCCAAUGCCAUCGCCAACAAGGCUAAGGGUGGGGGCUACGAGUCGGAGGACGCUUACAGGAACGUAGAAAUCCACUUCCUUGACAUUCACAACAUCCACGUGAUGCGGGAAAGCCUGCGCAAGGUUAAGGAGGCUUGCUUUCCCACAACCGACGACUCAAAGUGGCAGACGGCUAUUGACAACACUCUGUGGCUGAAGCACAUUAGGUGCAUUCUGGCCGGAGCCGUGAGAAUCGUGGACAAGGUGGAGACCAUGAGCACCUCUGUGGUGGUUCACUGCUCUGAUGGCUGGGAUCGCACAGCACAGCUGACGGCCCUUUCUAUGCUGUUGCUGGACCAUUACUAUCGUACUGUGCGCGGAUUCGAGGUGCUCGUCGAGAAGGAAUGGCUGUCUUUUGGCCACAAGUUUCAGCAAAGGAUUGGUCACGGCGACAACAAGCACUCGGAUGCCGACAGAUCACCAGUAUUUCUGCAGUUUAUCGACAGCGUGUGGCAGGUUAGCCAGCAGUUCAACAAUGCUUUUGAGUUCAAUGAGCAUUUUCUGAUCACUAUCGUGGAUCACUUGUACUCCUGCCGCUUCGGCACCUUUCUAUGCAACACGGAGGCCGAGCGCGUGACUGAAGAUUUGAAGCAUAAAACAACAUCCCUGUGGACGCACAUUAAUUCUUCGCUAGAUCAGUACUUGAAUCCAUUAUUUCCCUCAUUCACGCACGGGGCUGAGCUGGUGCUGCGGCCCAUCGCUAGCGUGCGGUCUGUCCGCCUGUGGAAAGGGCUGUACUGUCGCUGGAAUCCUGGUCUAUGCGCCAUCCAGCAUGGUUGCCAGCGAACCCGCGAGCUGCUCUCCAAGCAGGACCAGCUCUUUAAACUCGUCAACGAGCUGCGACUCAAGUCCAACAACCGCAACACUAGCAUGACAACUACGCGACUGGCCUCGCCAAUGCACUAAUACUAUUCCCUUUUUAUUUCACAACCAUAAGCAUAAGAAUUGUUAGCUAUGGCCCAAUUCCAAAUGCAUGAACGAUUUUUUUUAAUAGAAACCCAUAUCAAAAUAUCCCAA